CUGAACCCCCUAAACACUCCAUAAGCUUAAGCUAGUAGCUAGCGCUAGAGCCUAGAAGCAGCAUUUGUAGCAUAGAGAGCGUUAUAUAUAGAUAGCCCCCUCCUCUUCCCAUCCUCCACCGUCUCUCAUUUUUAUAACCAAACAUUUACAGCAAUAUUAUUCACAAACACCACACAACUCAGCUUAGACUACCCACAAUGAAUAAUUUUAUGAGUAAUUAUAAUGGGUUGAAGGGGCAUUCUUCUUCUGGGAUGAAGAUGAAGAUCAGGAGGAGGCGGAGGCAGAGGCAGAGGCAGAGGCAGGUGGGUGGUCGUGGUGGCCGCAGGUCAACGGUGCAAGUGAAGGUGAAGAAGCUGCAAAUGUUGAUUCCAGGAGGGAGAGGGUUGACGGCAGACCGGCUUUUUCUUCAAACCGCCGACUAUAUACUUCAGUUGAGGUUGCAAGUUAACGCUUUGCAAGCGCUUUCCAAGAUUUACAAGCUAUGAGAUGAGGAGUCUACAGUCUACUACUUGUGAUGCCUGCAUUUCGAUCUUGCCUACUUAAUUAUGUUAUAUAAUGGUAACAUAUUGUAUGUUUCUUUCUCUUAGUUUUUCCCGGG